AUGAAUUUGACAGACAGUGCGCAAGGACUGAGUGUACGGAACUAGGCGGUCUAAACACAAUGACUGUGUUUGCGAAGCAUCGCAUAAGAGAGGUCUUUGCACUUGCUUAUGAACUGAGGAUAAACUUAAUAUUUCUAGUAUUCUUGUAAGAAUUUUUUUAAGCUGAAUGCACGAGCUUCUCUUCUAAAAAGAUGUCGAGCCAGCAAUCCCAAAGGAUGCGAAAGAAUGUAUCUCCCGGUGCGGCAACAAAGCAAGGCCCUAUCAGGGCUACAGUUCCAUUAUCUUUAAUGCAUCAGACUUGUAGUCCAACAAGAUGUUUAAAAAGUAGUCCUUCUAAUUCACCGCCAGUAAACUGGCCAAAUGAUAGAACCAAAGUCAAAACAAGGCUGUCUCCUGAUAAUAGGAUAUCGCCAGAGACACAAUCUCCUUCGCCUUCAGGAUAUAGAGGUGAAAAAUCGAAAACUUUGACGAAGACUGUGAGCUCUGCGCCUUUUAUCAGGAGGACAGCAUCAGUAGAUACAAUAUAUCUCUUAGGACAAUGGCAAAGAGAUGCACUUUAUCUCAGUUAUUGUGGCCGCCUCAUGAUGGAUAGGGCUACUCAGACUCCAGAAGAAUUUGAAGAUACAGAUAGGAGACUAUCACAAAAAAAAUGUUCUGCUGCCUCUGGAGAAACGUUAGAAAUGAAAUUUAUUCGUCAGCGUCUGCAAAGGACCAAUCACAACAGUCGUCUGACGGGGCCCUCCAGCUCCCACCAGAGGCAGAGUCCCAUUCAUGGGGACCACUUUGCCAUAUCAUCGUCCGCCUGUGGAGGGGGUACCACAUCUCCCAUUCUGCCGUCCAUCUCUCCCCACCACCAAGUUUCGCAUGGAAUGCUACAUGCUGCGAGUAAUGGUAAUAAUGCCAGUGCCACCUACUCCUCUUUUGCCUCUGCCUCUAACUCCUCACGUGCUCUUCCUAUUCCAAUCCCCGACAUUCCAAAGCCAUUGAUUCCGAGAAUGAGAAGCAGUGUUGAGGGCCUAAAUCAGGAGAUAGAAAGAAUAGUUUUGAGAGAAAUUAGUUCCAAUGAAGGAGAUGAUACUGAUAGAACACUUGAGCCUACUCCAGAAGGUCACAGAGCGCCCAUUGCUGAUUUAUUUCGAAACACUCAGAGUGUGGAUACUCAGACACCCUUUGAUCGAAAUGACAGUUGUCACAGUAGCAACAGUUCUAACAGUGGCAGUCAAUCUGUUUCUCCUGUUGUACCAAUUAUACCAGGACAAAUGGACAGUUCUAGACCAUCUAGUGCUGAGGAAAGUAAAGACAGUGUAUCUCCAGAUUUAGAAGGAAAUAGUAAAUUGGCUACCAGUCCACAUAUUAACAAAUUUUUGGCAAGGGAGCCACCUGAUGGCUGUGAAAAAGUAAAAAUAGCUGAAGAAACUAGGAAUUUACCUGGUGUUGGUGAACUUCAAGAGUUUGGUUGCCCCAAACCCAGUAUGAAUUUUGUCCUACUACCAAGUCAAAGAUCUGCCUUUGACCCACUGUGCAAGAACUGUGCUCUGUCAACUCCUAAUGGAGAUGUUGUCAAUCCUGGCUCUCCUUCCACUACUAGUGAAAGACUUCAAUAAAUUUAACUAAUUAAAUAAAUGGAAAAACCAUCCACCGUACCUCUAUCUUCACGUUCUGGAAAGUGUCACACAACAGGGAAUGUACAAUUUUGUCCAAUAUCCAGCUGCAUGGAAAACCAAAACAGUUUGUAGCUUUAGAGAGUUUGAUAAACUGGUGUUUUUCAAACUAUGAAUCAUGACCUAGCUGUAGGUCGGAGUAUUUUUUCCCCCUGUAUGAUUUAUUUGUGUGGCUGUAUAAUGUUAACCUAGACAGUGUGAAAUAUCUGCUUUUUCUCACAGGUUCAUUUGUCUCUAAUUGUAUCAGUCAAACCACUUCUGAUUUGUAAUUUAGUACAGUAUAUCUAUAUAUAUAUUGAUAGUUUUCAUUAUACGAUUGUAUGACUGGCCAGUUAUUAUGAAUGUCAUCUGUGUAGAACACUUGAUGCAAAUGGAAGAAUUUGCAGGUUGAAACAAUGUUUACCUAAAACUUUUCAUAAGAUGAGAAAUAUCUGCAAAAAGAAAGAUUUCUGCCAUUUUUUCGUUGUUGUUUAUCAUUUUGUGCCUGUAGAGACUUUGAUAAAAAGAAUGGUUCUCUUGUAUUUUUCGCCAUUCCAACAUCAAAUGUUUCUAGAUUCUGGAGUUUGUAGCAUUCUCCUAGGAUUUCAUUAUUGUUCAAUGUUAUACUAUUUUGUCAUAGUAUUUUGUAUAAAUAAAGUUUUCUAAUUGCAGACUUUUCAUGAAACUGUUUCAUUUGAAAGUUGAAAUAUUAACAGCAGUACCGUAAAUCACAAAUCUAAAAUGUUUAAAAAGCAGCUACAUCAAACUUAUUCCAUGAUUUAUUUUCCAUUGUUAUUACUGCAAUUGUUUAUUUUCUGGAAAUUUUCUGUGAAGGUUUUAUUAUUUCAAUUUCUUAUGAGACAUUUAAUAUGCUGUCAUUGCUAUACUGAUUUGUGCAGUUACAAUUGUUAUAGAAUUUUUAAUUGCAUCAUUUAUUAAAGUUAUUAGACCUUAUUCAAAAUAAUUUCUCUUAUAUUAACUGUAAAACUUCUUGAAAAAGGUUGUGAAUACCGUAGAUUGAAAAACAUUUGAUUUAUGAAGCAAAAAAUAUUAGUAAGGAUGGAAAAAAAAAAAAAAAAAAAAAAAAAAAAAAAAAAGGAUGCAGUGAUGGGUACGGAAUCUGUAGCAUCCCAUUGUGCCUCGCAGUUACAAAUUUCAGGGCAUCAUCAUCCAAUUCAUUUUACUUCAUGACCAACGUGCUCUCAUUUAAGCACAUUAAACAUGGUUGCCCUCUAGACAUAUGAAAAAAAUUUUAAUUCAUGCUUAACUUUUUGCAUUUAAAAUUUUUACUAACACGUCAUAACUUGUAUUCUGUAAAUUUUUUUUCAGAACCCAUGCUUCAGCAAAUUAUUCAUUGAUGAAUACUUUCCCACAAGUGUACAUUAAAUGUUUAUGAAAAUUUCAUUCUCAAUUGGUUUUCUCUCAGUUUACCAAAAUUAUUAAAAAUUUAAUAUUUUUUGGAGCAUUAUUCACAACAUAGAAACAGAGAUGUCUAAAGUAAGUCUGCUUUAUUUGCUCCCUUUUUAGGGGAGUAAGGGAUUUAAUUCAAGUAUAAACUUAAGUUUUAAAAAAAAUUAAGCGAAUUGUGUUUAAGUAUUGCAGUCAUAUCUGAUCCAGAUACCCAUAAGAUAUUUUAACAGAAAUUUUUAAUGUGGCCUAAUGAAAAGUUAUAAAUAUAUUAAGUAUAAUAUAAAGUAUUUUCUUCUAAUAAGUAUUUUUCUUCUACUAAUUCUAAAACACAGGUAUUUAAGAAUGGAUUGAUUUCAAAAUAUCUUCCCCCCCCCAAAAAAAAGAACAUAAAAAUUAUUUUAAUUAAAAACAUAAGCUUAUUUUCUAAUGAAUCAAAAUUAUUCUUAGAAAGCCUAAAUAUUUGAUAGGAUAAUUCUGAUUUAUGUAUGUUUCUUUUGGGGGACGGGAUUAUAUAUUUUGUCACUCCAGUUUGAAGUAAAGCAGAUAGUUGAGUAAAAUAAAUUUUAUCAUAUUUGUACGAAAAUUAUGCAUAUUUGUACACUUUGGAUUUUUUUAUUUAGAAUAUAAUCUUAGAAGAAACUGGAAUGAACCACAAAAUGUUUUGCAAAGAAUCAGAUUUGAAUCUAACAUUCAAAUAAUUAUUGCCAUGAAUGAAUGUAUAUUUCUCUCUAAUAUUAUAAAUAUUCUCUUUUUUUUGUGCAUAUACAUAUAUUUGUAUAUGUUAUGUUAAUUACUUUAAGCUGGCAUAUUUUUAAUUUUUAUCAUCUUAGUUUAAUCUUUGAAAGUAAAAAUUGGUUAUUUAGCAAUAUAUAUAUAUAUAAAUCAAUUUCUAAAAAAUCAGAACAAAAAAGAGUAAAAUGCAGUAUUAAAUAUUUGAAGGUUCAUCCUAUUUUCUCCAUGUUACAUUAUAAAUUGCUAAAAUGCAGAUUAAAGAAGUAAUUAUUCGCAUGCAAUAUUAUUAUUAAAAUGGCUUGGUUAAAAGAUUAAUAAAGAGAUUCAUUGGUGGUUUGUUACACAAAAUAAGUUUAAAAGAAUUGUCUGUCUGAUAAUAUAUUUUUUUAUCUUAGUCUAAUUUUUGUAAUGCCAAAAAUUACUACUUAAAAUUCUUGACUUCACAAUUGAGUGUAGCCUAGUUUGCAUAAGAUUAUUUGAAUCCAUAAUUUUUUACUAGAUCUCCGUUUUUAUUUAAAACAUGUUGUUUUAAAAUUAAUUUUAGAAAUGACCUGAACAAUAUUUUCUUUUUCUUCCGAAGACUCCAUACUGUCUGAAUCUUCAGUCUAUCGCAGUGCAUCAAAAUUGAGAAAAUAAAUUAUAAUAUAUUAUGUAAAGUAAUUCCAUUUUGAUGAAUGAAUUUUAAUCUUAAAGUAAUUUACCAUCUUUAACUAAGUAUGAUAAAUCAUAUUAUGAAAAUGGAGAUAGUUUGUACUUCCUGUGUGUAGUAAUGCAUCAGGGUGAUCUGAAAUAUCAGUUGAAGGUAGGUAAAUACCCGUAAAAUCUUUUUUUAAAUUAAAAAGAUGGGAUAUUUUUAUCAAUGAUGUAUUAACAUAUUACUGUUGUUUCAAAAAUAUUUCUUUUUAUAAAAUUGAAAUAUAAUUAAAAAUUUUGAUUAUAUUAGUAACUUCCAAUAACAGUUCUAGUGCUUUUUCUUCCUGUUCUGUUGAACUUUCUAUAGUGACUACGUUCAUUAAACUAGAAAAAUGAGAAGCAACUAACAUUAACUUGAAUAACAUAAUAAAAUUUGUAUUACUUUUUCUUGAUAAGAUAACAGCAGUGUUUUUUAGCUGUCAUACAUAAUUUAAUGUAUGGAGUAAGGGUUAAUAAAUAUUUCUUCCAAAUAUUUAAGGAAAACUUUAAAAAUAAAAUAAACACCCCUUAAGAGAAAGCAAAUCUAAUUAGAAAAUUUAAUGUCUUUAUAAAUAAUAUUAAACAUAAAGUUAAUUUUUCACCAUUCACUUUGUUCAUAUUGAAUAUGAACCUUCUUUUUGAAGGUUCUUAUAAUUUUAUUUUGGUUAUUUUCAACUUAUAUCUGUGCUUUCUACAUGUAUGUCUAUGUUGAUAUGUCAUCUCUGUAACCCCCCCCCAAAAAAAAACACUGUCAGAAUGCUAUAUUUAAUGAAAAUAUUAAAUAUGUAUCAGAAAGAAAAUUGAUAAAAGGAGAAAAUUUUUAUGCAUGUAGAAACAGAUAAAAAAGAUAUUGUUUUGCACCCACUCAUGAUCAAACAUUAUAACAGCAAAAUUAAAACUGCAGUUACUGAAUUAAAAAUAAUUGAUAUCAGUAAAUAAGAAAUUUAAAUUGUGUAAAAUCAUUUAACUGUCAGCAUAACAAGAAAACUAUGAUUUAAUUUGAAUUUUUCAUUUAUUUCCAAUUCAUUUUAAAAGACAGUAUGGUUCAGAAAACUACUUUUAAUUUUACUUUAAUUAGUGAAUUAAGAAAUGGUUUUCAUAAAUUAAAGAUGGGAUGUUCUAAAACAUAAUGAGCAUCCAAAAAGAAACAUCGCAAAAUUUUUUACAAUUUUGUUACAUAAUAAUCUGGGGCAGAAAUUUUAAAUUUGAUGACACAACAUGUGCCACAUGAUGAGUUAUCUUGAUAUGUAUUUUGUGGAUUUUAUUUUAAUAGUCAUAAAUUUUAGAAAAAUGAAAUAUAUGUAGGAAUGUAUUUUUAAAUAUUCUUCUUGUCAACAGGACAAAUUUAUAUCAUAAAUGAAUGCAUAAGUAAGAAUUCUGAAUGAAUGAGAGAAUCAGAAUAAUGACCAGGUUUAUAUCCUGUUUCUUCUGGGAUUCACAAAUAUCAUUUGUAAAUGUAUGCAUAAUUAGGACAUUUUAAAAUAUGCAUGUGAUGAAUUGAAAUUAUUUAUUUUUAAAAUUAAUUCAAUUUUGUUUUGCCCAUUCUUUCACAAUUCCCAAAAUUUCUAUUUCAAAGUAACAUUGUUCUAAACUUCUUUCUUGAAUUAAGAUUAAUCAAAGAUUCCUUUUCCUUGAAAACUAAUAUAAUGUCUUGUUAAUACUUUCUUUGUAGAAAUUUUGCAUCGAAACAAAGGUGACAAUAUAAUUAUAAACAUUUUAUUAAAUUUUUCAUUAUUUAGCUUUAGUAAUGGAGUUAAAGUAAAGGUGAAAAAUUCAGGCCAGCAUUUGAGAAAUCCUGUUUUAGAAUUUCCAACUUUGCAUACUGCAUUUAUCAUUUAAAUUUUAGUGAUGAUUUUGAUUUUUUUGAGAAACUAUAUUUCUCAACAUGGGUUGCAGUCUAUCAUAUAUUAUUUUUAAUAAUUAAAUUACUCCAACAGUAUGAAUUUAAAUUUCUUGCCUGGUUUAUAUUCUUUAAAAACUAUGGAAUGUUUUCUUAAUUCAGUACAGAAUGUAUUUGUUUCACAUGUCUGUAAACAUUCUUUACAUGAAUUGUUAUAUUCUCCUAGGAAAUAAAAAAAUACGUAUUUUUACUUGGCCACUACUUUUAUUUUUCCAUCUUUUCUAUUAUGUUUCUAACUUGGUUGUUUAAUGAAAAUAUAUUAAUUGCGGUGCAUAAAAAAUGAUUGCAAAUAACUUAAAAACACAAGCUGGGUGUUUAUAUAUUUAUAUAAAAUUGAACAUGGUUAUAUUUUUGAAGUUUUAUUAAAUGAUUAAUUCUAUAAGAACCAUUCUAUUGUAUAGAAUUAAAUUUAUCAGAGACAAAUGCAUUUUAAAGGGAUGAAAAAAUGGUUAUGAAAACAUUUCUGUAAUUUUUAUGAAUUACUUAUAUCUUUGAGCAGUUUUAAUAUAUUUUGUUCUGUAAUUUAAUAAUAGUGAAAAAAAAAUUUUUUUUUUUUAUUUUAUUUAUUUGAUGCUAUUGUAUGUAGUAAAAUGCUUAUGUAUAUGAAUGAUUAUUUUUUGGUCUGAAUGAACAGUCACAUUUUCUUUAAGAAAUAAUUCAAGCUUCAUAUAUGAUGGCCAUGACAAUGAAACACUACUUUUUUAAUGCUUCUGGUACUUUAAAUGAAUAUAUAAGAACUUACUAUAUUAACAUCUAUUUUUUUGUACAAAAUGUGAAACAGAUUAAAUUUCACAGAAGUAGCACCUAUUAAACAGCACAAAUCAGAUUACUGAAAACUAAAUGUAUAAACCAAAGAUGACAGUUGAUGUAGAUCUUCACAUAUUUGACUCCAUCAUUUUAAAUAGAUAGUUAAAUGUGAUCAAAUGGCAUUGCUCAUUCUGUUGGUCUCACAUCAGAAAUGCUCAUGCGAACUUAUAUCCCAUACAACAUUUUAAAUGUAUAAUUUUUUGUGUGAUUGUUUUCAAACAAGAAAUCAAUCAUCUUAAGUUGAGAAUUAAUUUUUAGAUACUUUCAGCAGUUGUUUUAUAAUUAAAAAUGUUAAAUACAAAAAUUUUUAGUAUUUGAGAAUUUAGAUAUCUCAAUAUCUAUAAAUUUUAUUCAAUUAAUACUCAAGUCAAAUCCACAAAACAUUGUUCUGAAUUUUUGUAUUUCAUUUAGCUCUUUUAUGUACUGAAUUAUUCAUCUACAGUAAACAAAUGUUUCAUCAGUAUUUAACAUCAGUCUCCUGUAAAUGCUAAAAUAAUUUAAACAGGAAUAUAUUUAAUCAUCAUGAACCUGUUCAAUUUAGAGGAGACUUAUUUUGUUCUACUAUUUACUGAGAAAGUUAUAGUUUCCAUUUCAGUUUGGUAUAACAUAUAAACAUUGUAUGUGCUGAAAUAUAAAUCUGUAAUUAAUUUGAAGUGAUGUGGUGAUUGAAUGUCAUGAACAGAAUUUUUCUCAUUUAAGAAUUUGAUAUCUUAAUAUUAUUCCUGAAUUUAUUUUACAAGAAUACAGUUAUUCAAAUGAUAAAGUAAAUCUGCAAAAUAGCGAGAAUUUCUGUUGUGAGUAGCUGUAUCUGAUGAUCACUUUAUUUAGUAAUAGUGGCAUAUAAUAGAUGUUCAAUUACAUUAAAAAAAGAAAGGAAGAACUUGCAUAUAAUGAGAAUAAAAAUAUGCUGUACACAUUUCAUUUUUUAUGUUUUUGUAUAUGUAUAAAUGUGGCUUGAUUGACCGAAUCAAAUGUAUUCAAAUAAACAGAAGACUGAAACUAGCAGAUGUUAUCUUUAAGCUUGUCAGUGAAAUUAUGAUCUAUUUGUACAACUGCAAAUAUUAUAAAUAUACCUGAAUGACUUCAUUCCUUGCUUGAAUUAAAUGAAUGUUUAAUACUAGUUAAAAUUCAUAAGACUUAUUUAAAAAUAAAAAUAAAAAACAUGUUUCACAUGUAAAAUUCUGAAAUAUUCUGUUCAGAUAGAAUUUAUUUUCAGUUUCUGUAAUAUUUUCUGACUGAUUAAAUUCUAUACAGCUGCAUUUAAUUUCUGCACUAAAGUGAAUGAUUUCAUAAAGUGAUAAGAAUAAUAAAAGAGCACAUGAAAAUAAGAAGAGCUCUUGAUUGAUAGCUUAAUUUCUUGACUAAUAUUUCAAGUUUCAGUAUUUUCAAUAGAUAUAAGUAACCAUUCUUUUAACAUAACCUAAUUAAGUAGGUUCUGUGUAUCACUUUUAAUCGAAGCUGAAUUAUCAUGGAUUAAAUUUCAUUUUAGAAUGGUCUCAUGAAAUCUAAUUCAGUCUCAGCAAAUGGUAGUGCAUCUUGAUUAUCAAAAAAGCAAACUGGCUUGAAAAAUAAGACUGAAAAUAUAAAUGGUAGUCUGAUGAAGGUACCUGACUAACUUUUCACUUAUUUUCCAUUUUUUCACUGCGCAAAUGGAUUUCUCAAUUUCUCAUAGACAAUGAGUUAUAGUUCUAACAACUAACAGAACUUAUAACCCUGUGCAAAUUGAGUGCCUCUUAACUACUAAAAGGAAUAUAGCACGGUGAUUUGAUCUCAAGGUGCCAAGAUGCCUUUAGUGUGAAUGAUAUUUCUGCUCGCUUGUUUGAUUGAUUGCAUUAUAAUAUGUGUACUUUUUCAAUCUUUCUUAUUUUUAAUGGGAGCUUAUUCUAAUAUUCUUUCACAAAUAUUGCUGAGUGGAUUUUUGAUAUCACAUAAUGUUUCUGAUUCUUUUCUUUCUAUUUAGAAUAUUUGAUACUUUUGAAAUACUGCAUUAAAUAAGAUACAAUGAAAUAAAAUUUGCCUUCAUUCAAGCAGCUUAUUCAAACAGCCUUCAUUCAAGCUUUUUUUAAUGCAUAUAUUUUUUCUUAAGCAACUUGAAUUUAUAGUUUCUAUCAGUUUGAUUAGGUAAGCCACAGAACAAAAUGAAUUUUAUUUUCAGAAUUAUGCAAAUCUGCAUAUUUAAAACAAUUUUCUACUUGUUUGAAGUUACUAAAAUAAUGUUAUUUGGAGCUAGAGCUGUGGAUAAGAAUUUAAAGCUAAGCUAAAAUAGAACUCAUAUCACAAUAAGAGAAAAUUUAUAUUUAUACUUAUAAAUUCACAUAAUUAAUAAGCCCACAGACACACAUAUACACCUUUCAAAAACCCUAAUCUUCUUGUUAUGAUUACGGCAACUAAUUUAAAAUCUGAGACAUCAGUUUAUGAUUUCUAUGUGGCUAGUCAUGCUAUAAAGUAAAUUUCGUAAAUUAUCUGUUACAUGAAAUAAUUACUUGAAUAUUACAUAAUUAUUUUCAUUGUAUGUUAUAAAACUGUAUAAAAAUUUUCACUGUUAAAAUUUCAUUUAUAAACUAAGAUUUUUGCUGCUUUCGUUCUUUCAUAGCAUUUUUAUGGAAAGACAGGAAAUCAAGCUUUAUUGUAUUUCAGUUUUUAUAUAUAUAUGCAGUAAAGGGCAUACUUGAUUUAAAACAGCAAUAUUUGUAAUUGAAAUUAUUUUAGAACUGUAAACUUUUUUUGGGUUGAAAUAAAUAUUUUACACUUAUUAAAUACUGCUUUGCAGUGCUUUUUAAUUGCUACAUUUUCCCAUCACUUAAAAAGCUAGUUAUUGCUUUUUUCAUAUCCUUUAUGUAUAGGGUAUGAAAUUUACAUUCUGAGAUUUUCUCCGCAAACUGAUGGUUUAUUUUCAGGCUUUUGAAAAAAGUGCAUAAUUUGAACUGAAUGCCUGCCAAUUCAUAAUUAUUAUAUUAUUACUAUUAUUCUCAGUUAACUGAAGAGGGCUACAAGUUCAAUGUGUAAAUAGUUUGUUUACUUGCUAUUCUGUAUUCCAGUCCACGAGAGUUGUACUGGAAGUACAAAAGGGGUCUUAUUAAAUGGUCCCCCAGCCACAGCUUCCAAUCAUCAACGCACAGAACUGGCAAUUGUCAGUACCCAGGGACUUAGCCUGUGCCUCCUUCGUAGAAUCAUCUCUUUUCAUGUCACUGAGAUUUCAUUAUUUUAACAUUCCAACAGCAUUCAUUCAACCAACUGCUUCUGCAGUACAAUAUUGUAUAUUUUCAGAAUUUAGCGUUGUCACAUAUAUAUUUAACCACUGUGAAAUUUUUAAUUAUGAAUAACAAUAUAAAUCUAGUUAAAAAGAAAAAGCUGAUUUAACUGUAUGGUUGUCUCUUAAUUAUUAGUAUAAUUUCAUUCUGUGAAUUAAUUAAACUUCAGUUAAGACAUAUUACUGUAGUACAAAAUCACUUAAUAUCAAACAGUAUUGCAGUAAAUACAGAAAUUAUCACUCUAUCCAUUAUUAAUAAAAACUUGUUUUUACUAAUAUUUUAAUUGACAGUGAAACAAAUAACCCAAAAGUCAGUGAUUGCACUGUCUUUAAUUAAAAUUAUUUAUUUUUUAAAAAGGUAAUAAAAUUUUUAUUUUGGAAAAAAUGAGCAGUAGCCUUUUUUAAUGAUCAAAAUUAAUUAUAAUAAACAUCUAACUCAAGUUGUGUUUUCCAAAAUAUUAGUUAAAUAUGUUGCAUUAUUUUUGACAAAAGAAUCACCAUAGUUACAAUCUUGUAAAUGAAAUUUUUAUAUAGUUAACCCCUUCCCAGAAAAAUACUAAGUGCAGAAUAAAUUCUUACUCCUAUUUAUAAUAAUUUUCUUCUGCAAAAUUUGUGCAUAUAUUACAUUUUUAUCCAUUAUAAAAGUGAUGCUCAUUUAUUCCAUAAUCUAGAAAGCAAUGAAUGUUGCAAAAUGGAAUGCAUAAAUAAUGCAACCUCAUCAUUAUCAUAGAAAAAAAGGAAUUUUGUGUGUAUGUGCACUUGGAACAAAGAAUGUUAAAGAGUGUUUGUUUUGGAAACUUUUCACUCUAAAAUAAUGCAGAAUGUUUGAUUUGUAUUUGUAAGUUGAACCUAUAUACAAUGGUUUUUGCAAGCAUGCAACUAACUGCUUUUGAUAAAUGUAAUGUAUACAAGAAUGGAAUUUCCUGGUGUUAUGCCUCCUUUCUCAAUUAUACCUAAAGUAUUUAGUAAAUUCUUGAUAGUGAUAAAGUCACAUAUUUAAAAUAUAGCUUUUUAAAAUUUUGCACAUUAAAAUAUUUAAUUUAGUCCCAAAAUAUUAGUAAAAUGGACCCUAAAAUCACAUUUAACCUUUUUAAGUAGGUCUUUAAACCAUAUAAUUUAGUAAGAAAGUUCAUGUAAUUAUUUAUUUUAGGACUUAUUAGUAUAAAACACAAUUAAAAAUGGUAAAAUAAAACCCUUAGUAAAAUAUUAUUUCAUAAUUUAUAUUUCAAAUAAACUAUAUGUGUGUGAAAUAGUAUUUUUUGCCUAUUAAAUGCAGUAUUAAUUUGAAGUGAAAAAUUUAAGAUAUAUUUCACCAUAUUUUUAAUUGGUUCUUAUACUAUCCUAUUCCUCUUAUCGGAAGUGUCUUAACAAUUAACUUUGUUAGCUACAAAUGAAUGUAGCUGAUAAAUUUAACAUUUCUUCCCUGGGACUAAAAAUAUUCUUAUAAUGCUUAUUGUGAUAUUUUAUUUUACGUUUGUUUGUGUAUCUUUGUUCUUGUGUUAGAAAUGUUUAAAUAAUUCAAAUUAUCUAAAGAUCAAAGUACAAAUUUUUAUCUCUUGAAUGUAACACAGUGAUUCUGAUUUCAUUCAGAUUUAUAUUUUAAAUUUUUUGAUGGCUAUAUUGAAUGCCUCUGUACUACUAGAUGACAAUAAAUAUAAUUCCCAUCCCCUAGCAUGUAAUAACAUAAUGCAUACUACUUUUGCAGAAACUGUUGUGCUAAUUGUUUAGCUAGAGAAAAUUUCUCAUGCACUUGUACAUGUUGGUUUUGGUUGGUCUCUGUGAAAGAUUUUCUUAUCUAUGGAUAUUUUUCCUUAAUAAUUAUUUCAUUUAAUUCCAUGUAUUAGUGAUAAGAAGACAUAAUUUUUAUGUAUUUGUAAUAGAUGAUGGUAUACUUAGUUAAGGUAUGAAUACAAAACAAUUAUUACAAUCAGAGCAUUUGAAAUGAAGAGAGAUUUUUUGUAUGUCUCAUUCAAUGGAAUGCUUGUAUGUGUCUCUUUUCAAAGCAAAAUCAAGUUUGAGUAUUUGUGUAUAUGUUUUGCUGUAACAAGUUGCAUGAAAGAUUUUUGUUUUAUAUUAUAUUACUUUUUUUUUAUGUAGAGCUGGAGAGUACAAAUAUAAAUAUCACUGUUGGAUAAUACUGUAUAUCCUGCAUUCAGUUUUCUGAAAUUGUAUUUCACAUAUAGUAUGGUUUUUUAUGGAUUAACUUUUGAUUUCAACUUCAAUACUUUUGCAAAAAAGGAUUUGUUGUAAAUAAAAAGAAACUGUUAAAAA